AUCAACCAAUUGCUCCGUCGUCAUGCCGCCUAAAGUAAGUGGUAAAGCCAUGAAGAAGUCUGGUAAAGCCCAGAAGAACAUCACUAAGAAUGAUAAGAAAGGACGCAAGAAGAAGCGUAAGGAAAGUUACGCCAUCUACAUUUACAAAGUGCUCAAACAAGUUCAUCCUGACACUGGAGUCUCCAGCAAGGCCAUGAGCAUCAUGAACAGUUUUGUCAACGACAUCUUCGAGCGUAUCGCUGCUGAAGCUUCGAGACUUGCGCACUACAACAAGCGGUCAACCAUCACCUCCCGGGAGAUUCAAACUGCUGUUCGUCUUCUGCUUCCUGGUGAAUUGGCCAAGCACGCCGUCAGUGAAGGAACCAAAGCUGUCACCAAAUACACCAGCUCCAAAUAAAUUUCCUCAUCCAAAUCAUUAAACAAAACGGCCCUUUUCAGGGCCACCAAAUUUUUUAUAACGUAUAUUUCUCUUGAGUUGAAAAUUUGAAUAAAAUUAUUCAGAUAAAAAAUCUAAACUAUACCGUUCCUUAAGUUUCAUAUUAAUUGAAAAAUAAAUUUAAAAUUCCAAACAUUA